GGUAAAAGUGAUAAAAACAACAGUGACUGUCAGUGUCAGUGUCAAAUUAAUUGAAUAAUAUUACAAUUUACGGUUACGGGUCAACUACAUUAUAAUAUAUCCAACCAAUCUAAGAUGGCCAGUUUAGAGGAAUAUCUAUUAUUCAACUUAUUAAACAGUGAAGAAGAUAGUGAAGAUGAGAACAAUUUACCCGCGCCAUUAGCGAGGCGGCCUCAGGUGCCGGCUCAAGCAGUCAUUGCAGCUUUCCAGCAAACUGAACAAAAGUUCAAGAAAAGCUACAGGCUUACAAAGGGGCUGUGUAGAGACCUUAUAGAGAAAUUGAAACCCUACAUAAAGGAUGCCGAAAGGACAUCUGAUUUAAAUGUCGAAAUAAAGGUACUAAUUGCGCUGAAUUUUUUAGCCACAGGGUCAUACCAAACACCCGUGGGCCAACACUUGUCCAGAAAAGUAUCACAAUCAGCUGUGUCAAAUUCCAUAUCAGAAGUGGUUGCAGCACUCAAUCAUAGGGAUAUAUUUGGACAGUUCGUCAAGUUCCCAGCUAAUUUAGCAGAGUUGAACCAAAUAACCCAGCAGUAAGAAUUAAUAUUUUUUUGUUUAAAAAAGUUGUA